GUGGCUCCUCUACGCGGCGUCGGCGCUGGCGGUUGGCUGCCCCACCGCGCGUGCGCGGCUCGGCGACUGGCCGCCUGCCUCGCGCCGAUUGAGAGGCUGCGGCUGCAGCAGCGCUCGCGGCGCCCCGUUUCCUUCACCCCCAUCCCCCCGCUAAGCUCGGGGCGACGCCCGCGUGGAUGGGAUGGAAGCGGGACCCUCGGGAGCAGCAGCUGCUGCGGGCACUUACCUGCCACCCCUGCAGCAGGUGUUCCAAGCUCCUCGCCGGCCCGGGAUAGGAACUGUCGGAAAGCCGAUCAAACUCUUGGCCAACUACUUUGAAGUGGACAUCCCCAAGAUCGAUGUCUAUCACUAUGAAGUGGACAUCAAGCCGGACAAGUGCCCACGCAGGGUCAACAGGGAGGUUGUGGAAUACAUGGUGCAACACUUCAAGCCUCAAAUCUUCGGUGAUCGGAAGCCGGUGUAUGAUGGGAAAAAGAACAUUUACACAGUCACUGCCUUGCCCAUUGGAAAUGAAAGGGUCGAUUUUGAGGUGACAAUUCCGGGAGAAGGCAAGGACAGGAUAUUCAAGGUCUCCAUCAAGUGGAUGGCCAUCGUCAGCUGGCGGAUGCUGCAUGAGGCCUUGGUGAGCGGUCAGAUUCCUGUGCCUCUGGAGUCCGUCCAGGCCCUUGACGUUGCCAUGAGGCACCUUGCCUCUAUGAGGUAUACCCCGGUGGGUCGUUCUUUUUUUUCUCCCCCUGAAGGAUACUAUCACCCUCUAGGAGGUGGAAGGGAAGUCUGGUUUGGAUUCCACCAGUCUGUCAGACCUGCCAUGUGGAAGAUGAUGCUGAACAUCGAUGUGUCAGCAACAGCAUUCUACAAGGCCCAGCCUGUGAUUGAAUUCAUGUGUGAGGUGCUAGAUAUCCGGAAUAUCGAUGAGCAGCCAAAGCCCUUGACUGACUCCCAGAGAGUACGCUUCACCAAGGAGAUAAAAGGUUUAAAAGUGGAGGUAACUCACUGUGGACAGAUGAAGAGGAAGUAUCGAGUGUGUAAUGUUACUCGGCGGCCAGCUAGUCAUCAAACGUUCCCCUUGCAGUUGGAGAGUGGCCAGACUGUGGAAUGCACAGUAGCACAAUACUUCAAGCAGAAAUACAACCUGCAGCUCAAGUACCCCCACCUGCCGUGUCUUCAGGUCGGCCAGGAGCAGAAGCACACAUACUUACCUCUGGAGGUGUGUAACAUCGUGGCUGGCCAGCGUUGCAUCAAGAAACUGACAGACAAUCAGACUUCCACCAUGAUAAAAGCAACCGCAAGGUCGGCCCCGGAUAGGCAAGAGGAAAUUAGCCGGCUGAUGAAGAAUGCCAGUUAUAACCUGGACCCAUACAUACAGGAGUUUGGCAUAAAGGUGAAGGAUGACAUGACUGAAGUGACGGGGAGGGUCCUUCCUGCUCCGAUAUUGCAGUAUGGAGGUCGGAACCGGGCUAUCGCCACACCCAACCAGGGGGUCUGGGACAUGAGGGGGAAGCAGUUUUACAAUGGCAUUGAGAUCAAAGUCUGGGCCAUCGCCUGUUUCGCCCCUCAAAAACAGUGCAGGGAAGAAGUGCUGAAGAACUUCACAGACCAGCUACGCAAGAUCUCCAAGGAUGCGGGGAUGCCGAUUCAGGGCCAGCCGUGCUUCUGCAAAUAUGCACAAGGUGCAGACAGCGUGGAGCCCAUGUUCCGGCACCUGAAGAACACAUAUUCCGGACUGCAGCUCAUCAUAGUCAUCCUCCCAGGGAAGACGCCAGUGUAUGCGGAGGUGAAGCGUGUGGGUGAUACACUCCUGGGAAUGGCUACUCAGUGCGUGCAGGUCAAGAACGUAGUGAAGACUUCGCCGCAGACGCUCUCCAACCUCUGCCUCAAGAUCAACGUCAAGCUUGGAGGGAUCAACAACAUUCUGGUGCCCCAUCAGCGCUCUGCUGUCUUUCAACAGCCAGUUAUAUUCCUAGGAGCAGAUGUAACCCACCCGCCAGCCGGGGAUGGAAAGAAGCCCUCCAUAACGGCUGUGGUUGGCAGCAUGGAUGCCCACCCAAGCAGAUACUGCGCGACGGUGCGGGUGCAGCGGCCCCGCCAGGAAAUCAUCGAGGACUUGUCGUACAUGGUGAGAGAACUCCUCAUCCAGUUUUACAAAUCCACACGCUUCAAGCCCACCCGCAUCAUCUUCUAUCGUGAUGGAGUGCCAGAGGGACAGCUUCCACAGAUUCUUCAUUAUGAACUGCUAGCCAUCCGCGACGCCUGCAUCAAACUGGAGAAGGAUUACCAGCCAGGCAUCACUUACAUCGUUGUUCAGAAACGGCAUCACACUCGUCUCUUCUGUGCAGAUAAAAAUGAGAGGAUUGGCAAAAGUGGGAACAUCCCAGCAGGGACAACAGUGGACACAAACAUCACUCAUCCCUUUGAGUUUGACUUCUAUCUUUGCAGUCAUGCUGGCAUUCAGGGUACGAGCAGACCUUCCCAUUACUAUGUCCUUUGGGACGACAACCGGUUUACAGCAGAUGAACUUCAAAUCCUCACCUACCAGCUCUGCCACACUUACGUCCGCUGCACUCGCUCUGUUUCCAUCCCAGCACCAGCAUAUUAUGCCCGCUUGGUGGCAUUUCGGGCACGAUAUCACCUCGUAGACAAAGAGCACGAUAGUGGAGAAGGCAGCCACAUAUCUGGCCAGAGCAACGGCCGAGACCCUCAGGCCCUUGCCAAGGCAGUUCAAGUUCACCAGGACACUUUACGUACCAUGUACUUUGCUUGAAAGCCUAACUUUUUUUACCUCACUCCAGAAAGCUUUCAGAUUUGUAGGAGCCAUACAAAAAAAAAAGAGAGAAAAGAGAAAAAAAGAGAAACAUUGGGAGCACCUUGUGGGCAUCCAAUGAGAAAUCGCUGCAGGGCGUGCGGUGGUGUUGGAGGCAAGAAGACCAGCAAAUCUCCGGGGCAAAUGCAGGAGAGCCGCUUAAACCGGAUGGAUACACCUUUGUAGUAUUACAAGAGACUCUUAUGUUUUUUCAGGCUUUCCAAUUACCUGACCAAACGAAAACAAAAAAAAGUGUUUGAACCAAGGAAGGGAUCCUUCUUCCUGUCAGAAGAAAAGCAGGUUUUUAUUGCAGCGGGUGGGGUGGGGGAAAGCAAUAUUAGACUUUUGACUGUGAAAUAGCCGUUUUGGUCCUCCAAUUCCAAAUCAAACGCUGGUGAGGUCUUUUUUUGUGUGUGUGUGUGCGUGUGUGCGCGUGUGAUGUUGUUUUGGGUGGGAGGGGAAGGGAUUUUUAGAGCCUUAAAACAGAUGACUAGAUUUAUAAAAACUAAUAUUUUAGGAUACCAGAUGCUUUAAUUGGUUAAGAAGGAGAAAAUCCAGUAGUUUAUAGAAGAGUUUUAACGCUUAGCCCUCCCCCUUGAAGUAAAAUUAAUUUUCUCCCCUUAUAUAUAAUUAACGUAAGGCACCCCCAGCACUUAACUACUGCUAAGCUGAAAAAAAAAAAGGAAACUGUCUUCCGUCUAUUGACGUGGGUCGGCCGCUGCCCCGUUUUGAUGCAACGGUCACAUGCUUAACUGUGGGCCGAGUGCCUUACUGCUAUGCUGCAAACAUAUUGACGUUUGGUCACCUUUCAAGGGGAAAAAAAGUGAGAAUCUUACCCAACAGUACUCUUGUCUCAGUGGCGGUCCAGAUUUCUAUCUUGAAGGUGUCCAGACCUCUUAUUUUUUUUAACAUUCACAAAGCUUGCAGUUUUGAAUUAGUUCACAACCUCACCGGGGGCGGGAGGGGGUCAACAUUCUGUGCACUUUUUAACAUUACACACAUAAAUUUGGAGAGCUGCUGAUAAAUCUAUUUUUCUCAUUGCUUGGUUGAUAUGUGUUGUUUCUGUCAUAUUUCUCGGAUGGGGUUUUCAUCUCUUUUAAUUUAACAAAACUUUGCAUUUCUGACAAACGGGGUGUGUGUGUGUUGGCCUGUAUGAAAUAGAGAAAGAGAGGGAGGAAAUACUGACAUACCCCAACUGGCAUAAAUGAAAACUCGAUCAAUAUCAGUUGUUGACCUGAUUUUUUUUCUAUACCAAUGAAUUUUUUUAUUAUUGAGUAUUAUUUUUAUACAAUAUGGAGUCUGUUGCCAAAAUUCAUUCAAAUCCAAUUCAUUUUUCUCUAUGGUUGAGGACGUCAAUGCUACGAAUAGAGUGGAUUUUCUGUUCCAUGAAUUGCACUGCAAACUUCAGUCCAGAGUUCUUAAGAGAGCUCAGUCUUUAUUUUGUGUCAGGCAGAAUUCCUGAAGAGCUCUUUUUUUUUCACCUACUACUUUUUACAUAGAUCUAGCAUAUUUUCAAAUAAUCCUGGUGGCUUCUGCUGCUUGGUUUUUGCCAUUUUGUUUUAUGUGGACCGGGGUGGUGGUGGUGGUGGUGUUGGGAUUUCCCUUCUGCCUUUGCAAUUAAAGAAAGAAAGAAAUUCAUGGGCUGUCCUCCCAUCUCAGAACAUCAAAAUGCACUUUUGUCUUAAUGGUUCUUGAUUUGUCCAGUAAGAUAAAUCUCAUCUCCCCACUACAGUAAACAUAAACCUCACUUUUGCAGCUACCAAGUAUCCUGAAAGUGCAAAGUAGGAUGUUAUACCAGGUAAUAUAUAAGAGGGGGGUAGGCAAUUGCCAUUUGAAUACGAAAAUGAGCAUGCCCAUAGGUGGGGUAGCUAAGAGAUCUUGUAUAUCUAAGCCUGAUGGUCCUUUUGAAAUCAUUAUCCCCCCCUCCCCCGAAACUGCCAAAGUGAGCCUUUGAGAAAACAAAUAAUUGAAUUAAAUUACAUUCUCCUGGAAGCGCCAGCAUUGCAACUCCCAGGAACAACACUGACCAGACUGCUUGCAAAGGCCACGUUGAUUCAGAUCUUCUGUUCUUCCUCUCGUUCCUACCCAGCCCCACAUGCCCUUUUGGAGCAGAAUGUUACGCUCACCAAAAUGCUAUGCAAACAAACAGGGCAUCUGGCCACUAGAAUGGAGCCCUGAGUUGGGCAUUAUGGCUCACGUGCUAACCAGGAUCCAAAGGACUUCUUUAGAUGUGUGAACCCAGUGGGAUUUCUGGCUUCGAUGGUCAGAUUUCCAUGUGUCAAAACUCUUCUCCAGUUAAAAAAAAUGGCUAUUUUCUGUAGCUCUGGAGAUAGUGAAGACCUGCUGGGGACACAGAAUUAUCUGUGUAGUUCUUUGGGUUUAGUUUUUAUGUUUUUAAGUUUCACUCAGCUGCUUUCUCUCAUAAAUGACUAGGAUUUCUUUUGCAUUUGGCCCGAAACUAGUGACAGCCAAUGCGUCAGAAUGGACAAGCCAACAUUCCUGAAUAAGGAUCCCUGGGGGAUGGUCACCCUUUUCUCUGAAAAGGAUAAGGGAGUCUGGAAUGCCCCUCCUGGGUUUGUGAGCAAGAUUUUUUUUUAAAAAAAAAAGAAAAUAAAUCAAAGUAACAUUUUUAUUUCUUUGGCAUCUUUUCAUGUGGACUUCCAGGCCAACUACUCAAACCGGAAUUCUCAGUUCACUCACCAAUGUUGCAACCAAAAUUCUCUGCUGUUGUAUUUUGGAAGAAGAAAAAAAGGUGUUCAUUUAAAAAUUGUCUGGGUUUCUGAAGCAAUUCCAGCAAAAAUGACUAGUGCAUUUGCAAAAUGGAGAAAGGAAAAAAUGGAAUAAGAAGCUUGUGGCUUUGUAAAAAGUUCAUUAAAAAAAGAAGCAAAAACCACACACCCUCCAGGACUUGAGACUGAUCAUCAAUUGACACCACCCCCCCACCCCGAUUUUGCACUCCUGUGUUAGGUAGCUGCUUUGAAUGGGAGGAGUGUUGGCAUGAGGCAAACCGCUACGGGAAUAUAAAAAUGGGAACUGCUUUCAGCCCAUAACCCCACCUCUCUCCUCCCACUCCUCACCUGGUGCAUGCGGAGUUUUUCACUAAGUGCCGUAUAUGAUGUCAUUGCUGCACCCUUUAUGAAACAAAGUUUCUGGGCUUUCGGGUUUUCUAUUUGUUUUUUUCCCUCUUUCUUGGAUGUUAACAGUGAGUGGGUUAGCUCUUCCUGCAUGUUCUGUAUAAUGGAAGCUCCCGUUUUGUUCCUGCUUAGCUUUGGCAAACUCUGUUCUGUCUUCUUAAAUAGCACAAAGUGGAGGUUUUUGUUGUUGUUUUCCUUUUUAUCUUUUUUUUUUUUGCAACUGAUUGUUCACUUCAGGGUGUUGCCAGGCUACAUACGUAUUUUGAGAUCCUCCAGGAACCCACCUGGAGCGUUUUUCACCUUGCACCUUAGACUGUAACUUGUUGCUGUGCCUCUGUUCCUUUUGCGGCUGGAAAACGUUACAAAGUUCCACAUAUUAUGGGACUGGGUAGCAUCAUUAUGUAGAUGGUUGUUGGCUUGUUUUUGAAAAAUAUAUAUAUAUUUUUACCUGCACUGCUGCUAGUUCUGGUUAAUGCUUCUGUCCAAACAAAUAAGAGUGGUUGAGGGAAGACUUGCAAAGGGAUGAAACUUAUUCCUUGAAAGCACUUGAGGAACAACACAAAUAUUAGGCUGAGAUCCACCAAUCUAUAUAAGCCUGUACAAGGGAUUUUGCACCAGCUCAUUGAGGUGUGGUUUUUGUACAACAGGGUCCCCAAUGCCUCUUUGCAGACUGCUUUUGGAAACUUUCUUCACUUUCAAAACUGUUUUAUUAUGCAAGUGUGGAGGCUACUUCCCCAAGCAAAAAUGAAUUCUGAAGCUGUCUUGGGGUUAUAGUCCACAGUUGCUUUGGAUCCUGAUCCUUAACGUCCAAGGACAUGCCAAAAUGCUACAGAUAUAAUGCAAAAUAUCAGCAACCAGUGGCUACCUUUUGCAUUUGCAAAAACCAAGGUUUUUGAGUUGUGCAGGUAGAACAGUGUUAGUUCUAGGCUAUACAGAAUGGAAGCUGGGACACAGGCAGAUACUCAUGUAUGUUUACAUAAAAGAUAUUUAUAUGGAACCAGCUUCUUUACAUUUUGAGAAAGAGGUACUGUUCUCCUCGUUGAAGAAUUCUGUAUAGCUCUAAACCUUGUAGAGCUUCCUUUGCAACAAAAGUAAGAGUCACCAUGCCUGUUCUGUAUCUUGCCCUUUUGGGACCAGCAAAGUGACUACUGUCCAUGCCAAGCUGAUACAUUUGGAAAGUCCAAAACUUAAAACCUUGCAUGGUUUUUAACAAGUCUUUGUUUUUCUCUGAUUUGAAACCUUCAAAAGCAUUUUGGCAGUGCAGUGCAAACGUGGCAAUUCUCUCUGGAGAGAAAUGGGAGCAAUGCAGCAGAACAGCAAUAAAAGUGAAAUCUGUAUCUCACAUGUGCACGUAACUUUGCACUUCGAAAUAAUUGUGAAAGUUUAAACUAAUGGGAACUCUGGUUUGUGUUCAAAAUUGUUUUUCUUUUAAAAAAACUCUUACAAGGAAAGGUUGAACUGUAAAUAGAGAAUGUUCACAGGAUACUCGAUUGGAAGGGGGUUUGUCUUGUUGGGGUUUUUUAUUUUGAAUUUGAACGUUGUACGGUCCAUUUAUUAAACGGAUUUGAACAA